AUGGUGAAUGGUGUCAGCUGUGGCCAGCGCUUUGGCAGCGCCACUGAUCCUUUAGAGGUGCCUGACCUUGAGGAAUAUUGGGGAGCUCACCGGGUGGUGACAUGCGAUGCUCCAGUGUUUUGGGUGAAUUUCAGCGUGUCUGGAAAUGUGAAGCGCUUCCUCGACAUUAGCGCAGGUUCACUUCAUCCUUUCUCAUCCUUUGGCUCGGAGCGUCUUUGGGACUUGCGGAUAGAUGCGCUGGUGCUAGCGCCAGGUCUUCCAGUCCUGGAGACGUCCUCCCUGGAAAUCGAUGUUCCUGCAGGUAGCAGCGGGGUGCUCCUAAAGUCUGCUGAUGAUGCCUCCACUUGUAGGCAUGCCGAAACCGAGCUGAAUGUGAAGGUGUAUCAAGGUCUUUGUGGCUACUUUGACAACUUUGGUUCUUGGGGAGUUUAUAGCUCUGUCCUGUUGGACCGGCACGUGGAAGUCGAUUCUCCUGGCCUCGUCGCCUUUUGGCUUCGUGGACUGCGGACCGGGAAGUUUUGGGUGAUGCUUGGAGCUGCUGGGCCUGAAACAGAGGACCUGAUUGGAACCAGGCGAAUUCCCAAGGCUUCCUGCGAGUGUGGCCAUGUUGAUCCCAGCAGACCUGGCGAUCCAUUUUCGGGACAUGCCGACUUCUGGGAGCUCUGGACACCAGCAGGGGAAGGCCUUCCUUUGGUAACGCAAUGUGCAGGUAACCCUUCAAGAGAAUCGUAUUGCAGCCAUCAAAGCACAACAAGUUCUACAUCAACGACAACUACCACUACCACCACUACCACCACACCUUCAGCUUCCGCAACCACGACCACAGGAUCAGCGCAGAUGUCAACCACUACAAGUUCUGAUGACGCGCUCGACUCCACGACCAUUAGUUCUACCGACCUGCCAAGUGGAUCCAGCCAAACGCAGACGACAAGGCAGACGACAAGGCAGACGACCGUGGCAACGACCAGAAGUUCCACCUCUGUUUCGACUCAGGUGACGACUCUGGGGAACAUUGAUGGCAUGGGUUGUGGAACAGCUGACUGUGCUUUUCGGCGUGCCCAGGAGAUUUCGAUGUGGCGAAUGCAGCAAGCCAUGGCAAUUGAGUUCGUCUGUGAUCCUGCAAUUGACUUCGUCCGUGGCAUGAUCCCUCAUCACCAGGGUGCUGUGGAUAUGUGUGCCGCUUUGGAUGGGGUGCAAACCUGGUCAGAGGUUGGAGUGGUGCAUUUCUGCAACCACGUUGCCUUGGACCAAAACUGGGAGGUGAGGGGCAUGCGCCAAUGGCUCCAGGAGCGAAACCUGGAUGAACAGAAGGCCUGCAGCGGAGACUGCAAUUCUGCCUGCCAAACAGCACGGGCCUUCCAAGCGGCAAACGAGAAGAUGCACAAGGCCAUGACUGUCAACUAUACCUGCAGAGUUGAAGAGGACUUCAUCCAGGCAAUGCUGCCGCAUCACCAGGGUGCAGUGGACAUGUGUGCGAUUGUGCUAACAUCCUCUACUGACUCGUAUCUUCUCUCCCUUUGUACCAACAUCACCAGAAUUCAGACCGCAGAGAUGUCUUGGAUGAAGGACUGGCUUGAUUACAAGGGCCUGCCCGUGGGUGCCAGCUGUAGCAGUACCAUCGCCCAGACCUAUUGCGCCGAUCUGAUGCCGAUCACAGAUGUAUGCCAUGACAUGGGCGGUGAUGGGCUGUGCGACUGCACUACUCUCACUGAUUCCUGCAGCCGAACUGCCACUGCCGGCAGCAGGCGCUUUGCAGUGAGCAUGGUGUGUCGCCGGAGCUGCGGUUUAUGCCAAGUUGAGAAGACAGCUGCGGACAUCGUCAUCGAACUUUUGCGCUUGGAGCCAGUGACAGAGGCAUCAACGACGAGCAUAAUUCGCUCGACGAGCAUAAUUCGUUGGCCAGACUUGGGCCUUGAAUCCACUUCAAGGCCUACGAUUGCUAUUGCAUCCGGCGCGUCUACUUCGUUGGGUUGGCUUCAUUUGAUGCUGUUUCUGUUGUGCGGAUUUGUUCUUGGUUUCCCUAUGUAG